AAAAAUUCUAAAAUCAACAGACUUUUUUUAAAAAAAAUCUAAAUUCUAAUUUUUUUAACUUCAAAAUUGUUUUGCCUCAAUUUUUAUUCCAAGAAUCAAUUUCAAAAUAUAUUCAUUCUCCAUUUUUUCCACAAUCAUAUAAAUUAACCCAACUUUCCCUUAACUCUUCCAAUUUUUUCUUCUACCUUUAUUUCUUCCUGGUUUUUUUUUUAUACCUUUUUUUUUGGUUCCUAGGUUUUGCUCUCCUCAAUUUUUAAAUACACUAUUUGGUGAAUUAAUCUUAUUUCAUUUAACCUUUAUUUCUGUUGCUACUGCUACUGCUACUGCUAUCGCUAUUAUCAAAGCUAUUGUUUCUAUUUUUGCUGUCUUUGCUGAUUUUACUACCUUUGCUAACAUUCUUCAACAAGAAUGCUGAACGCUACUUCUGCUGAUAAAAAGCAUGACGCUGUUUUUGCUGUUACAGCUGCUGCUGCUGAUAACGAUUUAGAAGCUGGUAUUUCAACUCAUCCUACUUUAAAUGACCAUUAUCCCUAUCUGGUUCAAAGUUUAAGCAGUUGCCAUGAUCCAAAAUCAAUUUUACAUUUCAAAUCUUUAAUCAAUAAUGAUUCGAAAGAUUUGAAUCUUUUUUUUGAAAAUUUGAAAACAGAUCCUCAAGAUGGGUUACCAAUUGAUCAGUAUUCAAAUCCUUCUUUGUUAAAAUCAAGAACAAAAAUUUAUGGUAAAAACAAAAUCCCCGUAACUCCCCCAAAGAGUUUCUUCAGAUUAUGUUUGAUUGCUUUAAAGGAUAAAAUCAUGAUUAUCUUAACUGUCGCUGCUAUUGUCUCAUUAGCUUUAGGUUUAUAUGAAACUUUUGGUGAAAAAGCUGAACUUGAUGCUAAUGGCAAAGAAAUCCCAAGAGUAGCUUGGGUUGAAGGUGUUGCCAUCUUAGUAGCUGUUGCAAUUGUCGUUUUGGUUGGUGCUGCAAAUGAUUUUCAAAAGGAAAAACAAUUUGCUAAAUUAAACGCUAAAAAGGAAGAUCGAGAAAUUGUUGUCAUAAGAAAUGCUAAUGAAAUUUGCAUCUCUAUUUACGAUCUAUUAGUCGGUGAUCUAAUCAAAUUAGAGACAGGUGAUAUUGUUCCUGCUGAUGCAGUUCUAGUAAAAGGUUCCUUUGAAGUCGAUGAAAGUAACAUCACCGGUGAAACUGAUACUAUCAAAAAAUUCCCAAUAGAUUUCACUCUUCAAUCUUACGAUGAUAAUUACAAGGGCACAAAUUUAGAUAUUAACCACGAUAACGAUAUUUAUGAUCCCUUUUUAAUCUCAGGUACAAGAAUUUUAUCCGGUUUAGGUCAAGGUAUUGUUACAAGUGUUGGUCCAAAUUCAAUUAAUGGUAAAGCAAUGAUGUCUCUUAAAGUUGAGCCUGACCCAACUUCAUUAACUGUUAGAUUGGACAGUUUAGCUACUGGAAUUAAUAAAUUUGCUAUCAUUGCUGGUUCAAUUCUAUUCAUUGUUUUAUUAAUUAAAUUUGGUACAGAGUUGACAAAAGGGGGUAGAUACUAUGAUUACACUGGCUCUGAAAAGGGUACUAAAGUCUUGGAUAGUUUUAUCACUGCAGUUGCUCUUAUUGUUGUUGCUGUUCCUGAAGGUUUACCCUUAGCUGUCACAGUAGCCUUAGCAUUUGCUACAACCAGAAUGGCUAAAGAUGGUAAUUUGGUUCGUAUUUUAAAAGCUUGUGAAACAAUGGGUGGUGCCACUGCUGUUUGUUCUGAUAAAACUGGUACUUUAACUACAAAUAAAAUGAGAGUUGUUAGAGCUAUUUUAGGUUCAUUAGAGUUUAACAACACAGGUACUAAUCACUCUUUAACUGAUGAUUUAUUGGAUCAAAAAUUCAAAAAUUCAAAGAAAUUAUCUCCUGUUAAUGAAACUGCAUUUGAUAUUAAAGAAAAGCUCUCAGAUUCCAUAAAAGAAAAGGUUUUGACAAACAUUGCUUUAAAUUCUUCUGCUUUUGAAAACAUGGAAGAGCAAGAAGCUGUUGUAGCAAAAAAGGUUGAAAAAAAGAAAUGGUAUAGUUUUAGUUUAUUUUCUCCUGAUUUUUUCGGAGAAGGGCCUAGAAAGAGAACAGAACAUGAAAAAUUCAUUGGUUCAAAAACCGAGACUGCAUUGAUGUUUAUGGCACAAGAUAUUUUAGAUAUGUGUGGUGAAAAAAAUUUAGAUGCUUUACGUAAACACACAAACUUGUUGCAUAUCAAAAGAAUCGUCGAAGUUAUUCCCUUUGAAAGUUCAAGAAAAUGGGCUGGUGUAGUAACAGAAAAUAAUAAUGGCCUGUUUACAUUUUAUAUCAAGGGUGCUUCAGAGAUUGUUUUUGGAAAAUGUGGAACCUAUUUAAAUAACGACAAUCAAAGAAAUGUGAUUGAUGAAGAAAAGAAAACACUAAUUUUUGAUAAAAUUGAAUUUUAUGCUAAAAAUGCUUUAAGAACCCUUGUAUUAGCUCACAAAAAUUAUUCAUCAUGGCCACCAAAAGGAGACAUCUUUAAUGAAUUUAUUCACAGUACAAAUAGUGCUCCUCUUCCGAAAAUUACUAUUGCAAACCAAGAUGUUGUCAAAACUCAUUUAAGCGACUACCAAGAAUCGUUGACUUUGGAUUCUCUUGUUGGAAUUCAAGAUCCAUUAAGAGAAGGAGUUGCUGAUGCUGUUAAACUGUGCGAAAAUGCCGGUGUAACUGUGAGAAUGGUUACGGGUGAUAACAUCAUUACUGCUAGAUCUAUUGCUUUGGGUUGUGGGAUUUUAACACCCAGUCAACUAUCUAAUCCUAGUGCUUGCAUGGAGGGUCCAACUUUUAGAAACUUAUCUCAUGCUGAACGUAGAAAAGUUAUUCCUGAAUUAAAAGUGCUUGCAAGAUCUUCUCCAGAAGACAAAAAGAUAUUGGUUGAGAAUUUGAAAGCAAUGAGAGAAGUUGUGGCUGUUACUGGAGAUGGUACGAAUGAUGCACCUGCUUUGAGAUUAGCUGAUGUUGGAUUUUCUAUGGGUGUGUCUGGUACUGAAGUUGCAAGAGAGGCAUCAGAUAUUGUUUUAAUGACAGAUGAUUUCAGUGCAAUUGUCAAAGCCAUCAAAUGGGGAAGAUGUGUUUCAAUUUCAAUUAAAAAGUUUAUUCAAUUUCAAUUGACUGUCAAUAUUACUGCUGUUGUUUUAACUUUUGUUUCUGCAGUUGUUUCUGACGAAGGGGAAUCUGUCUUGACUGCUGUUCAAUUAUUAUGGGUCAAUUUGAUCAUGGAUACCUUGGCUGCUCUAGCUUUAGCUACUGAUAAACCUGACGAUGACAUUUUGGAAAGUAAACCAGAUGGUAGAAAGGCACCUUUGAUUGCUGUAUCAACCUGGAAGAUGAUUCUUGGUCAAUCAUGCACUCAAUUAAUUGUUACUUUUAUUUUGCAUUUUGUUGCCCCAAAAAUAUUCUAUGGGAAUAGAGAACUUACUAACCAUGAACAUGGUCAAAUGGCUUCAAUGACAUUUAACGCUUUUGUUUGGUUGCAAUACUGGAAGUUGUUUGUUACCAGAAAGUUAAAUGAAGCUGACGGAAUUAAAAAGGUUAGAGAUAGAAUAACCAUGAGAAAUUUGAAUUUUUUCCAACAUUUGUUCAGAAACUAUUAUUUUAUUGUGAUUUCAAUUCUUAUUGCAACAAUUCAAAUCAUGAUCAUGUUUGUCGGUGGUACUGCCUUUUCAAUUACUCGUCAAACUGGUGCUCAAUGGGGUACUGCUGUUAUUAGUGGUAUGGUAUCAAUACCAGCUGGUACUCUUAUCAGAAUUUGUCCAGAUGAAUGGGCAAUGUUCAUCUUUCCAUCAACAGUAUUUAAAUGGAGUGUCUAUGUGUUAUCAUUUGAUUUCCUUAGAAAAAGCAAAAAGUCACCAAGAUCCAAAAAUUCCACAGAUUCUGAUUCAUUUAUUGACAGUGAAACAGACACUGCCAAUUCAAAAGAUGGUGUAAAGGGUAAUGAAAAGAAAACUCCUUUCAGAUAUUUUAGUAAAGGUAUAAAAGGUUCAUUCAUAUCUAAUCAAUCAACUAUAUUCAAUAAAGAAGAUCAAGAAGAAGAAAAUCAAAAAAACUAUUCACAAAGAAAUGGGCAUUUAGCCUUGCCUGAUAAUCAAGGGGGUUCAGGACAAAAGGAAUCAAGAAAUGAGAUUUCAUCUGUCACCUUAGCCAAUUAA